CGUGAUAAUUUAACAAGCCUUGGCAAGUUUCAACUAUUAUUGCUGGGAGACAAAAGAGGUCACACACGCAGAAUCCGCGUUAAGUCGUGAGGGUCUUGAGGGCACGUGCCCUUCAACUAUCAUUGGCCCUCUUUAGUCUUGCGAAAGUCUUGCCACCUCAAGUGAUCUAUAAAUGCCUGCUCUUCUUGGCUUCCAUUGCAUCAUAUAUCCCUCGAUUCAGUUUACUCUCAGUAGCUAAACGCCACAUUUUCCAUUUUUCUCUCUCUUCUUCCAAGCACCAAAAGAUAACUCACUUCUCUGUUUCUUGGUUUGUUCUGUGAAGAAAGAUGGUUGAGAACACAGCAGCAAAGAGCCAUUCCCACCAAGUUUUCAAUGUCUCCAUUGACAUCCAUGCACAAACUGGCCACAAUUUGCUAGACGAUGAUGGUCGCCUUAAGCGAACUGGUACUGUGUGGACUGCAAGUUCCCAUAUUAUAACAGCUGUGAUUGGGUCUGGGGUUCUGUCCUUGGCCUAUGCCAUAGCUCAGCUUGGAUGGAUUGCUGGUCCUGCUGUUAUGUUCUUGUUCUCCUUGGUCACUUACUAUACUUCUACUCUGCUUUCUUCCUGUUACCGUUCUGGUGAUCCUCUUACUGGCAAGAGAAACUACACAUAUAUGGAUGCUGUUCUCUCCAAUCUUGGUGGAGCUAAGGUCAAGAUAUGUGGAUUUGUUCAGUAUCUUAACCUCUUUGGAGUUGCCAUUGGUUACACAAUAGCAUCAUCCAUAAGCAUGAUGGCUAUUAAGAGGUCUAAUUGUUUCCACAAGAGUGGAGGCAAAAAUCCAUGCCGUAUGAAUGCCAAUCCUUACAUGAUUGCUUUUGGGAUCACAGAAAUUAUUUUCUCGCAAAUUCCUGAUUUUGAUCAGCUAUGGUGGCUCUCCAUUGUUGCCGCUGUUAUGUCUUUCACUUAUUCAUCUAUUGGUCUUGGACUUGGCAUUGCCAAAGUUGCAGAGAAUGGAAAAUUCAUGGGAAGCCUAACUGGAAUAAGCAUUGGCACCGUAACUCAAACCCAGAAGAUAUGGAGAAGCUUCCAAGCACUUGGGGAAAUUGCUUUUGCGUACUCAUACUCCGUCAUCCUCAUUGAAAUUCAGGACACAGUCAGAUCCCCACCAUCAGAGGCCAAGACAAUGAAGAAAGCAACUCUAAUAAGUGUUGCAGUGACAACCCUUUUCUACAUGCUCUGCGGCUGCUUUGGCUACGCUGCCUUUGGAGACAUGUCCCCUGGAAAUCUUCUUACAGGCUUCGGCUUUUAUAACCCAUAUUGGCUACUAGACAUUGCUAAUGUUGCCAUAGUAAUCCACCUUGUUGGGGCUUACCAAGUCUACUGCCAACCCCUCUUUGCCUUCAUUGAAAAAGCAGCAGCACAAAGAUUCCCAGAUAGCGAAUUCAUUAGCAGAGAAAUCAAAAUCCCAAUUCCUGGGUCCCGUUCCUACAGUCUCAACCUCUUCAGGUUGGUUUGGAGGACAUGUUUUGUGAUCUUGACCACUGUGAUUUCAAUGCUCCUUCCUUUCUUCAAUGACGUAGUUGGUCUCCUGGGUGCUUUGGGAUUUUGGCCAUUAACUGUUUACUUCCCAGUUGAGAUGUACAUAGCACAAAAGAAAAUACCAAAGUGGAGCACAAGAUGGCUCUGCCUCCAAAUCUUAAGUGCUGCUUGCCUAAUAAUUACCAUAGCUGCUGCUGCUGGCUCCAUUGCUGGAGUUGUUGUUGAUCUUAAGUCUGUCAAGCCCUUCAAUAACUCUUAUUGAAUCAGUUAGAUUCGGCUCUUACUCAUCCAUAGGGAUCAUGAAGAGAAAUUAAUUGAGAAUACAAAUCAAGAAGUAAAAUUUCAAGAUGGAGUCUAUUUAGUUUCUUGAUCUGUUGAGUUUCAAAAGAAAAAACUUGUUUCUUUAUCUGUCGCAAUUUUAGGAAUUUUCUUUUAAUCUUUAAUAAGCUGCAAGUGUAAAACGUGUGUAUAUACACAUGCAAAGUUUCUCUGUGGAUCAUGGUCCAGUCUCGUUCAAGAAAACUUUGAAUUGAAAUUAGCAUUUAUUAGAUUUAUCUUUUAUAGAAUGAAAAGUAUUUCUUCA